AUGGAAACCAGUGAUUCAACGAGUCUUGCUUCGAUCUUAAACAAAUAUGAUCAAUUCGUUAACGAAAAGCUGAAACCAGAUCUCAAAGCAACCCUAGACGCUAGAGAUUCGCUUUACGAUCUCACCUCCGAGUAUCUAAAGUUGAAAUCGCAGAUUGAGACGAUUCAAAGCAAUGAUUUAAAGGAAAUGAAGACAAAGGUCGAUUUGGGCUCCAAUUUCUAUGUUCAAGCUAAAAUUCCCGAUACCAAAUUUAUCUAUAUCAAUGUUGGAUUCGGUUUUCAUGUUCAAAUGACACUGAAAGAAGCUUUGGAAUUCAUUGAAAAGAAGACCCAGCAACUACAAAAUCGCGCCGAAAAACAAACCCAGGAAGCGGCCAAGAUUAGAGCCAACAUCAAAUUGGUAAGGCCAGCUAAUAUUUACUAG